AUGGCAUCUUCUGUGCAGGAAUAUCCGCGGCCAGAUUUUGCUCGCUCAGACCUUAACUGGAAAUCACUCAAUGGACCCUGGAGUUUUCUCUAUGAUGACGAUGACAGCGGCAUACUGGAUGGAUGGCACCUGCGAGGCCUCCCCGAACAAAUCGCUGUGACUGCUGGACAGAACAGUGGCGCCGGGAAAACUUUACAAAAAUUGGAGAUCACAGUGCCCUAUGUCUUCCAAACUCCUGCAUCCGGUAUCGGGGAGCGCGAACCGCAUGAAGUUAUCUGGUACGAACGAUUGGUUGAUGACAUUCGCACGCCAGCGGAGCUGAAGAAACAUUUCCGCCUGCUGCUCCGAUUCGGCGCGGUCGAUUAUGAAGCUACGAUCUGGCUUGAUGGCCAGUAUGUUGGUGAGCAUAGGGGUGGACAUGUGCCUUUUGAUCUGGACCUGAGCGAGUUCAUCAAAGCUCAGCAGCAGUCCGCAAGGUUGACUAUUCGUGUUCGGGACUCUCCAUACGAUUUGACUCAGCCUCGAGGCAAGCAGUACUGGGCUGGAAAGCCCCAGGGGAUUUGGUACACGCCGUCUAGCGGCAUCUGGCAGUCUGUGUGGCUAGAGAGUGUGCCUCGCGCGAGAAUCGCGGAUAGUAGUGGUGGCACUGUCCUUCGGUCGAAUGACAUCUAUGGCGGAUUGCUUCAUGCUACGAUUUCUUUGGUCGGCCGGCGAGCUUGGCGUAAAUACCAUGUCAAGCUUCAGAUUUCCAUUGGCGGAGUGACAGUAGACAAGACUUCCCAAAUCUCCAUUCCCCAACAUUCCAACGUCGUGGAUUGUGCUGUUCGUGCAAAACUGAGCCGUGAGCAGCUUGGGAAACUCCCCUCGGGUCUCCUGGAGGGCGCACCUCUCGAGGAUCAUACUGCUUGGCUUGAUGGGGUUGCUCUAUGGUCUCCCGAUCAUCCCCUUCUCUACGAUGUUGUGUUGUCUCUUUUCGAUGGUGGUGGAACACUUUUGGACGAAGUUCAGACGAAAAUAGGUAUGCGCGAGUUAAAUUGGACCACUGGUGAUCAUACCUUCAGACUCAAUGGCCACCCAAUCUUCCAAGCACUUGUGUUGGAUCAGGGAUAUUGGCCAGAAACUGGGAUGACGCCGCCAUCCGCGGAGGCGCUUAAGCAUGACAUUGAAUUAGCCCAGAGCAUGGGCUUCAACGGCUGCCGCAAGCACCAAAAGGUGGAGGACCCUCGCUUCUUGUACUUUGCGGAUCAGCUCGGAUUUCUUGUCUGGGGUGAGAUGGCAAACGGGUACGAGUUUAGCAAUGCAUAUGUGGAUCGAUUCAACGAAGAAUGGAUGGCAGCGGUUAAACGCGAUAUAAACCACCCUAGCAUUGUCACUUGGACUCCGAUCAAUGAAUCCUGGGGCUACCCUGAGCUUAAGGAUAACGUUCAACAACAGAACCACAUCCGUAGCCUUUACUACAUGACCAAAUGCUUGGAUCCGACCCGAAGCGUCAAUGACAACUGCGGCUGGGAGCAUGUCUGCGAUGACUUAACCACAUUCCAUGAUUACAGUGAUGGCCCCGCGCUAACGACAAUCUGUAAGACUGUGGAGGGUAUUCUUGAUAAGAAAGGGGGUCGCCAUACGUUCGUGGGCGGAAGUAGACACCGAAAGGGGGCGCCAAUUAUGUGCACCGAAUUCGGCGGCGUAAAUAUUGCACCAAGCGAUCCAAAUGUAAAAGGCGAUGGUGAUUGGGGUUACACUACUGCAAGUGAUCCAGCAGAUCUUCUUGCUAGGCUGGAAAAGCUCUUGAUGGGUGUCGUUGGCGGUGGUCAUUGCUGUGGAUUUGUAUAUACCCAAAUUGUCGACGUGGAACAGGAAGUGAACGGACUGUACACAUUUGACCGAAAGGCCAAACUCAAGCCGGAGCUUGUUGAAGACAUCAACAGGCGUGCGAAGAAGUUGUAUCUGGAAUCAGUCGACCCCAAAGGGCUAAGUAGGCACCUGAGAACUUUCAAGCAUAUGGUACAGGGCAAAGUGUAA